CUUCUUAACGCUGCCAUGUUGUUGUUUUAUCCACGGAGUUUCCAGCUGCUGUCGGUGUCUGCGGACACAGUGGUCAGUUCUCGAGGCAGACUUACUACUUUACCGAUAUCACCUGGAAUACAGCAGAACUUUAGAUCUAUUGCAGAAGCUAUUUCACAGUGAGUGCUACCGUCGGAUAAGGCGAAGAUGGUGGACCGGCUUGCUAACAGUGAGGCUAACUCCAAACGGAUUGGAUUGGUGGAGAGCUGCUUUGGCGCUGCGGGCCAGCCACUAGCUAUCCCGGGCCGCGUACUGAUCGGAGAGGGCGUCCUCACCAAACUCUGCCGAAAAAAGCCCAAGGCGCGGCAGUUUUUCCUCUUCAACGACAUCCUGGUCUACGGCAACAUCGUCAUCCAGAAGAAGAAGUACAACAAGCAGCACAUCAUCCCCCUUGAGAGCGUCACCAUCGACACGGUGCCGGACGAAGGCGAGCUGCGCAACGGUUGGUUAAUCAAGACCCCCACCAAGUCGUUUGCUGUCUACGCCGCUACCGCCACGGAGAAAUCUGAAUGGAUGAACCACAUCGGGAAAUGUGUGAGAGAAUUGCUGCAAAAGAGCGGCAAAUCCCCGACGGGCGAGCAUGCCGCGGUCUGGGUGCCUGACUCUGAGGCGCCGUUAUGCAUGUGCUGCCACAAGGUCAAGUUCACGCCAGUCAGUCGGCGCCAUCAUUGCAGGAAGUGCGGCUUUGUGGUUUGCGGUCCAUGCUCAGAAAAGAGGUUCCUCCUGCCCAGCCAGUCGUCCAAACCCGUUCGCGUCUGCGAGCACUGCUACACGGUGCUGAUGUCAGGAGGCCUCGGGCCGCACGAUUCCAUCAGCCGGCCCACCUCCAACUUCAACAACAACACCCUGUCAGAUGACGAGGACGACGACAACAGCAGUGACUGAAAGACAGCCGGAACUUUGAGGACCUGUCUCACCUCUGCCCCAAGGAGAACGUACUCUUCCCUCAGAUUAUCACAUCACUAUAUUCCCAUCUAGCUUCUUCCCUUUGCUGAUUCACCACUGAGAGAAUUUCACCUCUUGAGAAUGAAGUUACCUUUUGCUUUGGAGUUUAAGUCUUUCUGUGAAGAUAAAAAUCAAAAAUGCCUUCCAUUAAAUCCACCUGGGAUAAAAUACGUUCCUGAAAUUCAUCAGAAAAUAUGGAAUUACUGGAAUGAUCGGCAGAAAGCUGGGAUUUAAUCUGGACUCUUCAGAGUUCUCCUCUGAAGUCAUUGGGGUUAGCAUAUAUUCACUACAGAAACAAAGGUGCUAAUGGUUUCUCCCAUCUGCUCAGCUCUUCUUUCUUUAUUUUUCAUGAUCUUAAACAACGAAGAAACUAAAAUUCGUCACUUUUUUUCAUCCUCACCUAAUUUAUCCCUUUAAUGACACCAAGCAGGGCUCUUUUCUAACAGACUGGCAUUUUCUGCCCUAUUUUUGUACAUUUGUCCUCCGUAAAUAUUCUUUUACAAUAACAAAAUGUAGAUAACACGCUAAACCUAGAGCUUUUUCUAGUAGACCUAAUGCUGUUGCUUAUGACAAAUCAACUACAGCUCAUCUCACUGAGUGUUGAUCCUCUUUAACACGCUUUUGUGAGCGUUUCUGCCUUUACUUUUAUUUAGUGCCUUCUAGCAAAUUCAUCACUACUUUUAGUGGGAUGAAGCUGUUUUUACAGGAAUCCAGGCUGCAAACCGUUUCCUGGGUGCGUUUGUGUGUCCAAUGGCUAAAGACAGGUUGGGUUUUUCUCUGGUCAGCCAGUCAGUCAUUCUUAAAGCGCAGAUUUCAACCAAGUUUCAGGAAUCUGUAUAGAUUACCUUUGUCUGACCCAGAGCAUAAAUAAAUGGAGGGACGAUCACUGAAGAGCUAACAUCAUGAUUUGUUCCACCCACCUCUGCUGUUGUGGUUUAGACACGCUCAGUGUUAGUAUUCUUGUGUCCCAAACAGCUUUUAGAGUUUUACCAUCCUGGGAAUUCUUGAUGGAAUCUCCAAUGAUGGAAUCUGUUAGUUUAAGUUCACAGCUGGGGUGUAUGGAAGUGGGACCCUGAUUCCAUGUUCACAAUCUAAAUCCGGUCCAGCAGCUGAAGCUGAGUCAGGAUAUCAGCGUGGCGUCUUCCUGCCUGUAACUCCUCCCGCCGCUGCUCUGAGUCAUCAAACAAACACACCUCCUCUGAACUCUGCUCCUCUGAAAGCCAACACUUCCAUCCUUCCUUCCUUCCAUUUGCACCACCAUGACUUUGUAUUGUAACAUAUCACAUGACACAAAGUGUGACGUCAGUCAUGUGAUCCGUCUCCAGACCAGGAACUGAGAACAGCUGUGGGUGGAGCUUGUACAAACGUACCUGCUACGAGUUGGGCUUCAGUUUCUGCUGCAGCUUCUUGUGAAGGUUCAGAUUUUAAAAAGGUAGAAAACAGAUUCAGCUCAGAUGAACAGUUCUAGAUGUAUUUAUGUAGAGAUUAAAAAAACAUCUCCAGUUUUGCAUCAUAAAAGGUGGAAUAUACAGCAAUAAUGCCAUUAAAAGUAAUAAUAUAAUUUAUUAAAUUAUGCAUUUUUUUAAAUUCACCUUUAAUCAGUUUUUCCCUUCCAAAAAGUCUCCUUUGAGGUGUUUCUAGUUCUAUUUCUUUGUUAAAAUUUUACGUUUAUGCCCACGUUUGAGGAAAUGCCCGUCUAGUCGACUUAUUUCUGAAUGAAUGGGUGAAUCUUGAGUUAUUUACUAAUGCUGGACCUAAAGGGACCUUUUUCCUCUGCUGUUUUUGUCUCAUUUCAGUUUUUAGCAGAUGUUCUGAGCUCGUUUCUAGACGCUAAAUUUUUCAGACCGGUUCUGGUUUGACUGGUAGUUUCUGACGAUCGUCUAUAAUGUUACUGUAAAUCCAGUUUUAUGUUAAAUGCUUCUGCUCUAAAAGCAGCACAGCAGAAGAAAGACAGGGAUUUUCUUUUAGUUUGUCUUUAUGUUGCUGCUAUAAAAGCAUGGUAUGUGAUUAGAGGAAUUACCGGUUAAUGUUCACUAACUAACUAAGCUUUGCUGUGGCUGAUGUCCAGAAGCCUCGGGUUGGAUGCACCUAAAGUCUGAUCGGGGUCAGAUCCGCUGACUGCAUGUUUAAUCCUAAUGAUUUUCUCUAUAUGUGCAGAAAUGUUUGGUUUUUUCUUUGUUUUUGUUUUGAAAUCGAUUCUGCCAGAGGUUUUCCUCCUCGGCACCUGUGAGACCUCAGCAGCUUUGCUAACUCGCUCACAACAGACGGACGAGGCAGGAAGGUGUUUCAUGAACCCGACACGGCAGCAGACCCGUCGGAUGGUCGUUUAACCACCAGCUGCUUCUGCAGCUCAUCAGUCCCUUUUCCCCAGAAAGGUCAAAGGUCAGCAGCAGGCAGGGAAUUGAGAUGUUUGAGUUCCUGUGUUUUUAUGACACUUAAGUAACCUCUUUCUCCUGAUUUCUGAUCAGGUGGAACAGUUUCUUCAAAAUUAAGCCAAAAAUAAAGUAAUAAAGUAGAUGAAAAUAUAAAGAACUUUUCAGCACACAGAUAUCUGCUUCUAGCAGUUUCCUAAUUAAAGAGCAAGUCACCCCCUACCAGAGUAUUACUCCACUCCCACCUCCUGUUUGAAAAAUGCAACAAAUGCUGUUACCUAGCAGACCACACACACACACAAAGGCUCACAACGACAUUGUGACAUCAUAUGGUACCAGCUAACAUCCUAGGGUACCUCUUAGCCAAUAGCGAUGGCAGAUUUAAAUUCAAAUGCAGUGCAGAUUUUUUUACUCGACAACGGCACAACACUGACAGUUUUAGGCAGAAAAUUAAAAAUGUAACUAAAAUGCACUAAAGUGCAAAACUAUUGACUACACGUGUCUGCAGCACGAUUAGACUAGGGUUGUCACAGUGAAAAUUUAACCUCACGGUUAUUGUGACCAAAAUUACCACGGUUUUCGGUAUUAUUGCGGCAUUUUUUUUAAACGUGCUACAUUUUCACACAAUUAAAUAAACCCUGUAUGUCAGGAAAUAUUGUCCUCAGUUUGUGUCAAAAUUUUGCCUAAAAUGUGUUAUUUUGUAAUUAUGUUGUUUACUUGUUUACUUUUUUCCCUUUAGUCUUUAAAAUACCAAUAUUUGCCCAUAACUUCUUAUUUUUUGUCUGUUUGAUGUCAUCAUUUUAAAAAUAUUAGAUCAGAUGACACUCAGUACUCAAGUAGCCUUCUAAACAAAUACUUUUUUACCCUUACUUGAGUAAUAAACCCUAUAUCAGGAAAAUAUUGUCCUCGGUUUGUGUCCUUCCAGUGAGCUUUGCAGAUUUGGGAAAAUAUCAUCAGGCAGUAAUCAUUGUUAAAUUCAUAAUUAUUCUCGGAGAGAGACCAACUCUUAUCUGCCCCUGGGAGCCCCGUAAUGCAUAGCGUCAUUUCAACAUGGGGGUGUCCGCGACACGGUUUAUAUGCAGGUAGCGGCGCUGCGACUGCUUUAUAUAGAGACUCGUUGCAUUCUCCCUCAACCCAAAUCCUCGGAUCACGCAUUUUAGCUAAAACGCUAACGUUAGCUUGCCUUGCGUUGACUGUAGAGUUGUGGGUGAUGGUCACGCAGAUGUGUCAUGAGAUUUGAAGCGUUGCUGCCUUUCACAGACACUUUUUCUGCACGUGCUGCAAACAGGAUAGCCGUCUUCUAUCAGCUGUCCCUCGGCAUUCUUCAAAUAUCCAAAAGAUGCCCGUACUUCCGACUUUGUCUUCUUUGAGGGAUAAAAAAUGUCCUGAGCGCUGCCGUCUCCUCCUUUGGCUAUUAUUUCAGCUUUAGCUUCAAGAAAGUUUUGGUUGUAAACAACAAAGUGCGCAUGUGCCGCCGGCAACUUCAGCAGAUGGUACGGUGGCUGGUAAGGGUCACCGCACCUACACCGCAGCCACGGUAAACCCACCGAGAUAAUAUAGUUUUUUUAAAAACAAGAUGGUUAUUAUUAUUGUCAACUUUUUUACCGCUACACCGGUUACCGUGACAACCCUAGAUUAGACACGCAUUUAUAUAGUUUAUCAGAAAUAAAAGUUGAUUUGGGGGUGACUUGCUCUUUAAAUGGAUGAAUCUGCUGCUGAAACUCCCCGGUGGUGUUUAAAAGUGUAGAGCUCAGUGACACUAUCCAGCUGUGUGUGUGUUCACACUGUGAGCAGCAUGCUUAGAACAUGAUUAAAUUAAAGGUUUCUGUUCUCAUACAUAUUUAAAUUGAGGUUUAUUUUGAGCAGCUUGUGGUUGAAACAAGUGCAGAGACGUUUGAGCUCAUAAUAAUAAAAUGUUUUCAAUGUUGAUUUAUUUUUGUUGAGCUGAUCGUUUCCAUCAGAUGUUGUUUUUUUGCUCUCGUUUUCAAAGUUAUUGCUGUGCAAUCUGGUGAAGCAAUGAGAAAAACACAUGAAAUAUUAACUCCAGGACUUGUCAAUGUUCCUGGUAUAAAUGUUGAAUUUGGAGGAUUUUUCCUGUUGUGCUAAAACUAAUAUGUCAAGAAUGAAAUAUAACUUCCAUGUCAGGUUCUGGAUUAUGUUAGUUUGGGUUUUAGCUCAGAUCAGUUGGACCAACUGUUCCGGUUGUCUGAAGGGAACAUAAAAAGCCGUCUAAUACAUUCAAACACACACGGGACACAAGCAGAACGUCACCACUCAACUUUAGCUAAUGGAUAAAAAAUGCUUUGAUGCAAAUUUAGAAAUCAAAUUUUAAACUAUUCUAAUGAGUAGUAUUUGGUUUUUAAGCUUAUAGAGUACAAUUUUGCAGAAUCAACAUUCCAAAGGCUCAUUUAUGUUCUAUCUGGAUAUGAAACAAAGAAUUAACAGUCCCAGAUUAUUUGACACAACUCAAAAGAAGAAAAGUUUUUUUGAGAGACAGUUAAUUUCCUGAUCAAUGUUUAAUGAAAUCCGAUGGGUUUGAGUACUUCAGAGCUCACGCUGCUCAAAGCGUGACCGCCAUCUGUGCAGAUGAUGUCACCUGGAGCCGAGCUGCAUAUCCUGAGAAGAUCGCUGCUCCAGAAAGGAACGUUUCUGCUCCUUUUUUAAAAAUGUGUUUAUUUCUGUUCUUUCUCAGCUUCUGUUUUUAUUUCCUGUUUCUGAUCGUUAGGUGGAGGCGUUUUAAAUUCCUUUCAUGUUAUAUAUUUUUUCUCCCUAAAAGGGCUUCAGCCAGAAUGUAAUGCUGCAUAUAGUCUGGAAUACUAAUGCUUUCUGAGAUGUUUAAUUACACUGUUGAGAAAUAAAAGUAUUGCUUAGA